GCCCUCCUCACCGCCAGCAUGGCUUCCACACCGGCGGUGACCGGACAAGCGGCCCUGCAGCCGCGCUGGAAGAGAGUGGUCGGCUGGUCGGGCCCGGUACCUAGGCCCAGACAUGGACACCGGGCUGUGGCCAUCAAGGAGCUGAUCGUGGUGUUCGGUGGAGGAAACGAAGGGAUCGUGGAUGAGCUGCACGUCUACAACACCGCUACAAACCAGUGGUUCAUUCCAGCAGUCAGAGGGGACAUUCCUCCUGGUUGUGCCGCUUAUGGAUUUGUCUGUGAUGGGACUCGGCUACUUGUCUUUGGAGGAAUGGUGGAAUAUGGCAAAUACAGCAAUGAUCUAUACGAGCUCCAGGCUAGCAGAUGGGAAUGGAAGAGGUUGAAAGCCAAAGCACCGAAAAAUGGUCCGCCUCCUUGUCCCCGACUAGGACAUAGCUUUUCAUUGGUCGGAAGCAAAUGCUACCUUUUUGGCGGGUUGGCUAAUGACAGUGAGGACCCAAAGAACAAUAUUCCAAGGUACCUUAAUGACCUUUACAUCUUGGAGUUGCGUCCUGGUUCCGGAGUUGUAGCUUGGGACAUACCUAUAACAUACGGUAUAUUGCCUCCACCUCGGGAGUCCCACACUGCUGUCGUUUACACAGAAAAAGAUACAAAGAAGUCUCGCUUGGUGAUAUAUGGCGGUAUGAGUGGAUGCCGACUUGGGGAUCUCUGGAUUUUAGAUAUAGACUCGCUGACUUGGAGUAAGCCGAGUCUUAAUGGUGUUGCACCUCUUCCUCGAAGUCUUCACUCAGCCACAACCAUAAGCAACAAAAUGUAUGUCUUUGGAGGCUGGGUGCCUUUGGUUAUGGACGAUGUUAAAGUAGCCACCCACGAGAAGGAAUGGAAAUGUACAAACACCCUGGCUUGUCUUAACCUUGACACCAUGUUAUGGGAACAUAUUGUCAUGGAUACCCUGGAAGAUAACAUUCCACGGGCUCGUGCUGGCCACUGUGCUGUGGCAAUCAAUACACGUCUGUACAUAUGGAGUGGCCGUGAUGGCUAUCGUAAAGCCUGGAACAACCAAGUGUGCUGCAAGGACCUGUGGUACCUGGAAACAGAAAAACCUCCUGCACCUGCACGUGUUCAACUAGUCCGAGCAAAUACCAAUUCUCUGGAGGUGAGCUGGGGAACAGUGUCCACUGCAGACAGUUAUUUGUUGCAGCUUCAGAAGUAUGAUAUACCGGCUGCUGCUGCAGCCAUGUCGCCAGCCAAUCCAGUUCCGUCUGUGCCAGUGAAUCCGCCCAAGAGCCCGGCUCCUGCAGCAGCGGCUCCUGCAGUCCAACCUAUUGCCCACACAGGCAUCACCCUAAUUCCGCAGGCGGCUUCUUUACCUCCAACAACAGCUACUAUACAGGUCUUGCCUACGAUCCCUGGGAGUCCAAUUGCAGUUUCCGCUCCACGUCCUCAGCGUAGGUCUUCUGCUGCUGUCCUGAAAGUUCAAGCACCUCAGUCCACAGUAGGCUCGCCGCUUGUUACCGUUCGGCCUGCUACACAAAUUGGAAAAGCUCCAUUAACAGUUACCUCUCUCCCUCCUGGUGUGCGCAUGGUAAUGCCUACCCAAAGCACUCAAGGCACUGCUAUUGGCAGCAGUCAACCAAUGAGUGGCAUGGCUGCCCUUGCUGCAGCUGCUGCUGCUACACAGAAGAUCCCUCCUUCCUCCACAGUACUGAGUAUGCCCCCUGGAACCACUAUGGUGAAAUCUGUUGCAAUGUCAUCCGCUGCUACCACUCUUCCUACAUCAAUGAAAGUGGCAACUUCUCCAAUAAUGGUCAGUAACCCGGCCACACGCAUGCUGAAAACUGCUGCAGCGCAAGUGGGAACUUCAGUGUCGUCUGCUGGCAACACACCUAAUCGUCCUAUUAUCACUGUGCAUAAAUCUGGAACUGUGACAGUCGCCCAACAAGCCCAGGUUGUAACAACAGUAGUUGGAGGUGUCACAAAGACCAUCACCUUGGUGAAAAGCCCAAUUUCGGUCCCUGGUGGCAGCACUUUGCUUUCAAAUAUUGGUAAAAUGAUGUCUGUCGUCCAGACCAAGCCAGUGCAAACAUCUGCAAUAACAGGACAGGCUUCAUCGGGGCCCCUUACACAGAUUCUACAGACCAAGGGACCUCUUCCUGCCGGAACAAUAUUAAAGUUGGUGACCUCGGCAGAUGGUAAACCCACAACUAUAAUCACCACCUCGCAGGCUGGAGGCACGGGAACCAAGCCUACAAUUCUGGGCAUCAGCAGUGUAUCUCCAAAUACCACCAAGCCAGGGACUACCACCAUUAUCAAAACGAUCCCUAUGUCAGCCAUCAUCACUCAGGCAGGGGCCACAGCGGGUGUUACAAGUACCGCAGGGAUGAAGUCACCAAUUACGAUCUUCACAACUAAAAUGGUAACUUCAGGCACAGGAACACCAGCCAAAAUAAUAACUGCAGUUCCCAAGCUUACAGGCCAUGGACAGCAGGGUUUAACCCAGGUGCUGUUAAAGGGUGCUCCUGGCCAGCCUGGUACAUUUCUCAGAACUGUUCCCAUGGGCGGUAUGAGACUCGUCACUCCAGUGUCAGUUUCUGCGGUUAAACCAACAGUAACGACUCUUGUGGUGAAAGGAACCACAGGAAUGACCACUCUUGGCACAGUCACUGGAACAGUUUCCACAAGUCUGGCAGGAGCUGGUGUACACAACACAGCUUCACUUGCAACUCCAAUUAAUACCUUGGGUACCAUCGCCACCCUCUCCAGUCAGGUGAUCAAUCCUGGUGCCAUUACCAUGUCUGCCGCACAAACCUCACUUACUGCGGCUUCAGGACUGAGCACUCCCACAAUUACUAUGCAGCCAAUAUCACAGCCUACCCAAGUGACAUUAAUCACAACUCCCAGUGGUGUGGAAGCUCAGCCAGUCCAUGACCUUCCUGUCUCCAUUUUGGCUUCACCAACUACAGAUCAGCCUACAGCAACUGUUACUAUAGCAGAUUCUGGCCAAGGAGAUCAGCCUCCCGGCACAGUUACCCUUGUAUGUUCCAAUCCUCCUUGUGAGACUCAUGAGACAGGAACCACAAAUACUGCCACCACCACCCUUGUGAAUCUUGUUCAGCAGCCUGGAGGAACACUUCAGUUUGUGUGUGAAGGCCAGGAACCUGGAACCUAUGUAACCACAGCCUUGGGUCAGGCAAACGGUAGUGUGGUCAGAGUUUGUUCCAAUCCUCCCUGUGAGACUCACGAAACUGGAACCACACAAACACCAACCACAGCAAUGGCGAAUAUCAGCAGCGAGCAGCUUGGCACAGUAGUGAGAAUAUGUUCAAACCCUCCGUGUGAGACCCAUGAAACUGGAACUACACAGACAUCAACCACCGCGAUGUCAAAUAUUGGUAGUGAGCAAGCUGGAAAUGGAGUAUGUUCUAAUCCGCCAUGUGAGACGCACGAUACUGGCACAACGCCAACAUGCACCACAGCCAGAGGAAACUUGGCCAAUGAGCAAAAUGAGAACUUGCAAAGGCCACAAAAUCCACCAUGUGAAACUUUACAGACUGUAUCUACGUGUACAGUUAUGUCUGUGCCUGCCAGCUUUACCAGUGGGCAGUCUGAAAAGGUACGGGUGUGCAGCAAUCCACCUUGCGAAAUGCACGAAACUUCCACCACCAACACACCAACUGUGGCAACAUCUAAUCUGGCAACAGAACAGCAGGGCAAUGUUACGCCGGUGCCCUCUACUCCUGUAUCCGAAACACCUGAAACUAGCAAUACCCACACGCCAACCACUGCAAGACUGAACAAUGCGCCAUGUGAGACCCAUCAAACCAUUUCUACAAAAACGACCAUGUCUGUACACACAGAGUAUAGCUCUGGCUCCACCAACCUUUUAGAGGUAGAAAAUAGUUCUGGAUCUAGCAAAGGUGACCCAUCCAUUGCUGGAUCAGCACAGAAAGUAAGCUCUAAAUCUCCAUCUGAAACAAUGAUCACUGGCACUACUCAAACUGCAACCACAGCCAGGUCCAAUAUCAACUCCGGUACAUCUGAGAAUAACCAUAGAUCUGAAGGUGACUCUUGUGAGACCCAUCAAGCAAGCUCCACCCGAACCACCAUGACUGUUGCAGAAGGCACUCAGGCUGUAAAUCCAUUGAGUUCUGACCCACCCUGUGAGACUCAUGAAACGGGUACAACCAACACCGCAACCACAGCAAGUUCAAGUAUUGGAGAGCAGCAAGGGGAAAGUUCCCAGCAGGCCUCCGGUGAAGCGACACCGAGCCCUUUAGAACAGCGUGUGUGUUCCAACCCACCGUGUGAAACCCACGAUACAACUACUACCAAUACAGCAACCACAUCUACAUCCAACCUUGGGGGUAAUCAAGCUCCUGCACAACAAGUCUGUUCAAACCCACCUUGUGAAACCCACGAUACAACUACUACCAAUACAGCAACCACAUCUACAUCCAACCUUGGGGGUAAUCAAGCUCCUGCACAACAAGUCUGUUCAAACCCACCUUGUGAAACGCAUGAAACUGGAACUACCCAAACAUCAACCACCGUCACAGCCAACAUGGGGGAUAAUCAAGAACCACCAGCUGCGAAUGGCCAAGGAGAGCAGGAGACCGUCCCCACAGAGGAAGCUGCCUCUGGUAGCAAUGCCGUUGCUGUAGCUGCUGCAUCCCCAGUGACUAUUGUAGCUGUGGCUGCUUCAUCCUCCUCUCCGGUACAUACAGUGCAGCCUGUAUCCAGAGCCGUGACUACUGUGACUCAGUCCACACUGAUGCCUGGACCUUCUGUUCCAAACAUUUCAUCGAUGUCUGAUCCAGCCCCUGAGGAUGCUAUACAAAGUUCAGAGGCUGUCUCCGGCAAUGAACAAGCUGAAAGCCAGUUGUCUUCGGAUAUACUCCAGCCUCCUGAAGCAGAGCCAGAAACGCAGGCUAUGGACUCUGCAGUGCCGGAACAUACUGAAGCACAGCUACGAGCGGCGAUGGAAGCAGACCAGGCCCAGGCGGCAGCUGCUGCUGCGCAGCAAGGAGUUGAACAGCUUUCACUUCCCCAAGAACUUAUGGCAGAGGGUCAGACAACGACUCUAAUGGUCACAGGGUUAACCCCCGAGGAACUGGCAGUAACUGCCGCCGCUGAGGCUGCUGCACAAGCUGCCGCCACAGAAGAAGCCCAGGCAUUGGCUAUACAAGCGGUUUUACAAGCUGCACAACAGGCAGUAAUGGCGGCUGGAGAGCCCAUGGAUACUUCUGAAAUGGCUCAUGCGGAGCUUCGUCACCUAACGUCUGAAGGCCCUACCACCACAAUCCCAAUAGUGCUUACCCAACAGGAACUGGCAGCUCUGGUUCAACAGCAGCAGCAACUGCAAGAAGCGCAACUUCAACUGCAGCAACUCCACCAUGUGCCUACAGAAGCCCUCGCACCGGCUGACAGCCUCAACGAUCCUGCCAGUGAAAGUAAUGGACUCAAUGAGCUAACAAGUGCAGUGACUAGUUCAGUGGCCCUUUUACCUUCCACUGCCAGAGAUAGUUUGGCUCCAACUAAUACCUUCACAACACCUCAGCCCGUGGUAAUCGCCAGUCAAGCUAAAUUGCAGGCUGCAGCGGCCCUUACUGAAGUAGCAAAUGGCAUUGAAUCGAAACAAGACUCUCCGCCUCAGCAGCCCAAGACGCCGCUGAAGAAAGAUAAUCAGUGGUUUGAUGUUGGUGUAAUAAAGGCUACAAACAUGAUGGUUACACAUUACUACUUGCCUGCAGAUGAUUCUGCCAAUGAUGAUGAGUCUGGUGUCCUACCAGAUUACAGUCAAUUAAAGAAGCAGGAACUACAGCCAGGUACGGCCUAUAAAUUCCGCGUAGCUGGGAUAAAUGCUUGCGGUCGUGGACCCUUCAGUGAAAUCUCUGCCUUCAAGACCUGUCUACCUGGUUUCCCAGGUGCACCGUGUGCCAUAAAGAUCAGCAAGAGUCCGGAUGGUGCUCACCUCACAUGGGAACCUCCAUCUGUCACGUCUGGGAAGAUCAUAGAAUAUUCUGUCUACUUGGCUAUCCAAAGCAGCCAGAGCGGUGAACAGAAAGCCACAACACCCGCUCAGCUGGCUUUCAUGCGGGUAUACUGUGGCCCAAAUCCAUCCUGUCUGGUACAGUCCUCCAGCCUAUCUAAUGCUCACAUAGACUAUACCACAAAACCAGCCAUCAUCUUCAGGAUUGCUGCACGUAAUGAGAAGGGCUAUGGACCUGCCACGCAAGUCAGGUGGUUGCAAGAAUCCAGCAAGGAUGGUUCAGCUGGCAAGCCUGGAACUAAACGCCCGGUUUCCUCACCCGAUAUGAAAUCGGCUCCAAAGAAGGCCAAACCUGACCACCCCUGAUCACAGAAGCUCCUGCACAGCCUAGAAGUACAGCUAUGUCCUUGAUCUUCCUCAAAAUCCUCUAUAUCCCCAAUCAAUUUGUUAUUGCUUUGCCCACCACCAUUUGCCUGGGGUUGGAUGAACUGAUCUAUUUGUUCUUCCUCGUUUUUGCUUUGAAAAGCACAUUUUCCACCUCUUUUCCUCCCUCCACACCUUUCUGGGAGAAUUGAACCUCUCCCAGCAAUCCUGAUUCAUUUUGCCUUCGGUCUUUGUGUGGGGGAGUACUACCGGAGCCUGAGGAACGCUGAACAAUAUGG